AUGCCUUAUUCUCAUGAUAUUAAUGGUGGAAAUGUCAACAACCAUGACCACAAUAAUACGACAAACCCAAAAUUUUUAAAAUCUAAAUUUGACCAAAAUGUUGAUUUUAUAAAUGAAAAAUCUCCAAUAUACAACACCAACAAUGACGAUUCUCGGGAGUUCAACGAAAAAAUUUAUCCUGUCAACAACAGCAAUCUUACUGUUGAUACUAGUAUUAAAAGUAUCAGAAAAUUAAAUACUAAGCGUAGCACGGGCAGUUUAUUCAAAUUAUCGUUGAAACGUAAUAAUAGUAAUAUUUGGAAUUCGUCAACAAUGCCAGAUCUAAACAAUAUAACAAUAAUAACACAACCUCCAAGUCCAAUAGCAAAUUCGGCUCAACUUUGGAAACAAGAUCUUGAUCCAAAUGUUAAAGCUCAAAUGAAAGCUGCUGAAAUUCAUCGACAAGUAAUUAUUCAUGAAAUAAUUCGUACAGAAGAUGAAUAUGUUAAGGAUUUACGUUAUUUUUUAGAGAACCAUGUACCGAAAAUUAGAGAAUCGGGUGUAAAAUUACCAGCAAGUCUCGAAAAAAUAUUUACGAUAUUGCCAUAUAUAUUUCUUUUACACUUAAACACAUCUGUAUCAAAUGUACUUGGAGACAUGUCCAAAGAAUUAGAAGUAUACGAAUCAUAUUUAAUUCAUCAUCAAAUGGCAAUAGCCGAAUUAACAAAUGCACGUAAAAAAAAUAACAAGCUUGGACAAAUUUUAAAUUAUUUGGAUAAAAAAGAAUUGCCGACUGGUAAAUACAUGUCAGUAGAAAGUUUACUAGCCAAACCAUUUCAACGUUUAUGCAAAUAUCCAUUAUUGAUUAUGACAUUGUUGAAGGCUACUGAAAAAUCGCACGAAGAUUUCACAUCAUUAAAUGAUCUUUACGAACAAAUGGAUUGUGCAAUUAAAGAUCUUCAAGAACGUAAAUCGGAAUACGAACAAUCAAAAGAAUGCGAAGAAUUCACAAAGAAAUUUUAUACUUUUAGACCAUUAAAAAAAAUGAUGCACACAUCUACCUCUUUUCUCAGAAAACAUAAUAUUUCACCAAAUUAA